UCUAAUCAUGAACUAACUAGGCUUAAAAGAUUCAUCUCGUGAUGUACAAUUAAACUGUGCAAUUAGUUAUUUUUUUACCUACAUUUACUGCUCCAUGCAUGUGUCCCAAAAUUGAUGUGAUGGAGAGAGAGUGUAAAAAUUUGGAAUUUGGAAGCGAUCUAAACAGGACCCUAGUUUAUAUUCAAACCAAAUGUCCCUUUUGCCCACGCAUAAGCUGGGUUUCCUUUUAAAGCCCCCGUACCAUCGCCGCCGACUCGGCGACCAUCCCUACCUCCGCCGAGAAGACAGGCACCAUGAAUCCACCGCACCCAGGACCCGGCCUUCCGCGCCGCCACCACCACCUGCUCCACCUCCACCUUGACCCCCGCCAUCACCACCAUGUCCACAUCCACCUCUGCCACCACCACCACCACGGCGCCCACUUGCUCGCUCCCACGCCGCCGGCCCACCUCCACCACCAGCACCAGGUCCCGGCUCCCGUGUUCUUCCCCAACGCCGACGGGAACGCGGCGUCCUGGCAGCCGGAGCCACCCUCCGCCGCCGUAGGGGAGGACGUCGGGGAGUUGGAUCCCGAGCCGGGGCUGCUGCACGCGGAGGGAGCAGAUGACGAGGAGGAGCCGGUGUUCGUGCUCACGGACGAGUGGGCGGAGUUCUUCGCCAAAUCCGAUGCCAAGAGGAGACUGGCUAAACAGCAGAAGAAGAACAGGGGCAGGAAGUGAAUGGCUGCGACGCCGAAGAGGCGGCGCAGGAAGAAAGCUCACAGUCAGCACCAGGACGAAAUGACGAAUCAGUGGCCAACAGCCAUCAACACACUCAUCGCUUUAGCCAGAGAGUCAUGAUACACCGUCUUUAGAGUUUCGGGUUUACAUGGUUUGAAUUCUGCCCUGAAUUUGUUGGAACUUCGGAAAAAUAAAAUGCUAUUUGAUUUUGAUCGUGCAAGAUUUUCCUAGCGCGCUACGUCUAGCAUUGUGCGCCCUGUGUUCAAACUUGAAAGUACGGAGUACUCCCUGACAGAUUCUUGUGACGAA